CAUCCGCAGAAUCAAAAAAGACAGCUGUGGUGUAACAUCACACAUCGAUUUGGCGACCCUUCGUGAUUAAAAAAAAAUUUUGUGUUCAAAAACCAUCUAUCCAUUUGCUGGCACUGGGAUUUUCUCAUAUAGAGAAACAACUUCAAGUUUAAUUAUUCAUAUGAACAGGCAAAACAAACAGUGUUGAGGAUAAAUGAACACAUAAAACAGUGAUGAAAAAAGUGAUUUAAAUGUUGCUGCAGUGCCAUAAAUUUACUAGUUCGUUAUGCGGUGUUACUGACAACAGCCCUUGUCAACCCCCAUUUCCUGCAUUUCACAUCGAGAGAGGAAUCUUUGUCGUUGACAUAGAUUUAUAUUGAGAUUGAUGGUGUUGCAGCAGCGAGCGUGUCACGAAGAGGACAAUGUACUGUACAUGAUACGCCGUGGUUGAAAUUUGCCAGAGCGCAAGUCGGUGUUGAUACCGUCAUCCCUGUUUUCACCCUCUUCCCUCAUCAUCCUUUUCUUCCUCAUCAGUCUCUCAUUUAGUUUUUCAUCCCUCAUCUCACUCACUCUCUCUCUCUUUCUCUUUUUCCUUCUCCUUCCUUCCUUCUUUCUUCUUCAUCUCUCUCUCUCUCUCUCUCUCGUUAUCACUUUAUGUGCUCAGUGCGUAUAUUCAAGAUUCCGGUUGAUCCGUAGGCGCAGUGAGAGAGAGUGGCGUGCGCGUUAUCGCAUGCGCUCAACGAAGGUACAUCGGCUAUCACAGCGUCAGUGUGACCAUCACCAUCCUAAAGUUAAGAACGACGGUGGAGAGCUGCUGCUGGCACACAUUAAGCGAGUUCGUGAGAUCUCGCGUGGUGCCUGUCAACCUGGAUACGUUAAGAAAUGUUGAACGAUCGAUCGCUAAAAGACGACCGGUCACAAUGAACAUGUGCUGGACGAUGAUCGUCUUAUCAGCAACAUUUAAGGACACAAGAGGAAUCGUCAGAUGCAAGAAAAGUGAAAUUUAGUGUUUAUCAUCCCUUGUGCUGUCGGAUAUAAUCCGCGGUGUUCGGGUUGAGAGUGUUUUUUGUGUGUGUUGAGAGAAAGAAAGAAAGAAAGAGAGAGAAAGAGGAGGGGUGGUGGUGAAGAGUGAUUGUGUUUCGAUUAUUAUUAAUCAGGCAUUUCCUUUUUUUCUUCUUCUUAUUCUUCUUUUACACGGUGUUGGAGACACGUGAUUCACCGUAAUGAGGAAUUUGGCACUACAUAUCCAGCUAUUAUUUGCAUCCAGUUGGAGCGUCGUCGCUCUAUUCAGCGUCGUAUUCGCUGCCUGGCAAGAAAACGUCAGGCCCAAGAUGUACGUCCAACUUGGUGCAGAAGAUGUAUUCAGGUUCACAGGAAACGAGACACAUACAGAUUACUUCCGACUGGUGCUGAGAGAUGAAAAUUAUCUUCUAGUCGGUGGAAGAAAUCUGGUGCAUAAUUUGAGCUUGACAGACCUCACGGAACAGCAAAGAUUGACGUGGUACUCAAAGGAGGAUGACAUUAAAAUGUGCGUUAUGAAGGGUAGCGACGAGGAGAAAUGCCAAAAUUAUGUUCGUAUUUUAGCGAAAACGGGAAAUAAUAAUUUAUUGGUUUGCGCAACGAAUGCCUUUAAACCAAUGUGUCGAGAUUACAUUGUUCAAGUUGGUAAUUAUUCUGUGGAAAAUGAGAAACCUGCUCAAGCACGCUGCCCCUAUGAUCCACAGCAUAACAGUACUUUUGUUUACGUGAAUGGCGAACUUUACACAGGUACUGUUGCCGAUUUUUCGGGAAUGGAUCCAAUUAUAUACAGAGAGCCCCUUCAAACCGAACAAUAUGAUUCAAUGAGUCUCAAUGCGCCAAAUUUUGUGAGUUCUAUGACACAAGGGGACUUUGUAUAUUUCUUCUUCAGAGAAACAGCUGUAGAAUACAUAAAUUGCGGGAAAGCGGUUUACUCCCGCGUUGCAAGAGUUUGCAAACAUGAUCGAGGGGGACCUCAUCGUUUUCGAAAUAGAUGGACGAGUUUUUUAAAAUCCCGCCUGAAUUGUUCAGUAACAGGCGAUUUUCCAUUUUAUUUUAAUGAAAUACAGUCGACAACAGAACUGAUAUCUGGUCAAUAUGGCAGCGUAUCAGCACAAUUAAUAUACGGCGCAUUCACAACUCCUGUUAAUAGUAUAAGUGGAUCUGCCGUUUGUGCUUUCUCGUUACAAGAUAUUGCUGAUACCUUCGAAGGUAAUUUUAAAGAGCAAAGUGCUCUUAACUCAAAUUGGUUGCCUGUGCAGAGCUCAAAGGUUCCAGAUCCAAGGCCGGGUCAAUGUGUCAACGACUCUCGCACGUUACCUGAUUUAACUUUAAAUUUUAUAAAAAGUCAUUCGCUCAUGGAUGAAUCAGUCCCGAGUUUCUUUGGACAACCCAUCGUCAUUCGAACAAAUUUCCAUUACAGAUUCACACAAAUCACAGUGGAUCCACAAGUGAAAACACCUGGGGGUAAAACCUAUGAUGUUUUGUUUAUUGGCACCGAUAAUGGAAAAGUGAUAAAAGCAAUAAAUGCCGAGUCUGCGGACUCACAUCAAAAAGUCAGUCCAGUUGUGAUUGAGGAGAUUCAAGCAUUUCCAAUGACAAUUCCAGUGCGUGGAAUAAAAGUUGUGCGCGCAACGCAGGCCGGCGAUGGCUUGGAGGACGGUCGUCUUGUUGUUAUUUCCGACAGUCAAGUGCAAGCAUUGAGAUUACAUCGAUGUUACAGUGAUAGAAUUCUUUCUUGUGGUGAAUGUGUCGCGCUACAGGAUCCCUAUUGUGCAUGGGAUAAAGUUGAGGGUAAAUGUCGUGCUCUCGUUGGACCAGCGGCGACAGAUGCAACGAGAUUUUUGCAGAGUGUAGCAACUGGAAUACACAAAUAUUGCCCGCCAAGUAAAACUGUAAAUAAAGAUGCUGGCAGCUUUGGAGCGAUAUCUGCCAAUCAAAACAAAUUCCCUCAAGAUUCCCUAGCGUCUAAUAAAGAUGGGCAAGGAGGUGAGAUUAUAAAUAUUAUGCAAGACGAAGAACAAAGCAGUUCAGGACCGGAAGUAUCAGCAGCGGAUUCUCCACCGCCACAAUAUUCUGUCGAAACUUUAGUAAUGGCAGUGGUUGCUGGUGCAUUGUCUGCACUAUUCGUUGGCUUUGUUACGGGUUAUUUAUGCGGUCGAAAGUGUAGAAAGGAUGAAGAUGAUAAUUUACCGUAUCCAGAUACUGAAUACGAAUAUUUUGAGCAACGCCAAAAUGUAAACAGACUGGCGCCCGAGCCAAAAUUACUGCCACAGGAGGAAGUGACGUACGCCGAACCUGUCCUGGUGCCUCAACCUCCCAAAUUACAUUCGCCAAAGGGUACAAUGAGAAAACCACCGCCAACACCAGCGGAGACAUUAUUCCAAUUUCCCGAGGGCUAUGGCUUUCGUGGUCCGCGCGAUAAUUUUGGCACAUUACGCUCACAUCAAGGCGACGCUUAUAGACGUAACGAUGGAUUUGCGACAACUCGCAGCGUGAAGAAGGUCUAUCUCUGAGAAACGAGCGAGGAGGGAGGAGGAGGUGGUGGUCGUCACCGAAGUUUGGGGCGGCCAACGCGAAAUCGUCACAAUGCGACAACAAGUAGAUGUCGCGCCGUGACAUCAGGGGGUCAAUCUACUGGAGAAUUGGCUGGACCGAGGGCACUGGAAUCACCCUCACCGCCUACAAGUGAUUCUUCCAGUUCCCCUUCUCCUCCCUCCUCGUCACCAUCACCAACCCUUGUCCCAAUUGCAAUGAGUGGAUCAUCACCUCCACCUGUACCACCUUGCAGUUUCAUUUAUCGAUCAUAGUCCAGGUAGGGUAGAAAUUAAAUAAUAUCAUAAAAAAAGUAAAAAAAAAAAAAACAUUCUCCUUGCGCAUUUCUCAACAAAAAAAAAAAAAAAUUGUAUAAUCAUCGAUUUAAAUUGAAGGUAAACACGCGUACAUACAUACAUACUUACAUACAUACACUUCAUACACUUUAUACACACACGAAUAGACUUAAUUCGAUAAUAUAAAUAAGUCUUGCAUAAAAAAUAUUUUAAAGACUGAAUUUUCUACUGUUGCCAUGGGUGGUGUGUAACGUUAUUAUUUUUAAAGACAAUUGUCCGCGAUUAAUGGACUAACUCAUUUUUAAUUGGCUAAAAUAGGAUAUAGUAUUUCUUUUUUUUAAGCGUACGAGUUAAAAUAUUGUUACAUUUGGCAAAAUGCUUUUUUUAUUAUUUUUAUAUCCCUGAUUAGUUAUUAUUUUUGUCUAUAUUUCUUCCCAUUUUCUAUUUUUUCUUA